AUGACUCGUUCAGCGACGAAUGAAGACGGUGGGUAUGUUGAUCGCGCAGCUUCGGGGUCCGAAGAUGCCGUGGUUGCAGAGGAUUCUCAGCUAGACGACGCCCCGAAGGCCUUCCCAGACAGUGACGAUGAAGGCGAUGAGGGGGACGAGGGCGAUGACGAAGAAGAAACCGAGCUGGAACAUGCAGCUCGAGCUGGUAUUCGACUGCUGGAGGAGAACGCGCAGCUGCAGGAGGAGCUUCGUCACCUGCAGGAGCAAUGCGCACGAGUCGAGAGCGAGAAGGAGGAGCUGUUGAGACUUGUGGCCGAGAAGGACGAGCAGGAGGCUCAACUGUCCGAGCACCUGCGUGAAAGUAUCAAGGAGAACCAAAGCAUCAUAUCAGAACUGAGCAAGGCCAAGGAGCAGAUAGACGAUUUGAAGGACCAGCUUGAAGCCCAAUCCCAAUCCCAAGCUCAGAGCAAUCGGCACUCCCCUGGUAAACGACGCAGCAAACGCUCGUCUCCACGUCUUAAGCUGCAGCUCCAACUCGAUCCUUCAAUGGGGUCGCCCCCUCAGGCUACAGCGGCUGAGGACCCUCCGUCGUCUGAAGAGCCCUCACCGGCGCACAGUGGUGGCAGUCCGGAGAAGCACGAGUUCAUGCCAGUUGUAAGACGAAAUUCCAUGCCCCCGGUACUUGAAGGCUCCGGCGAUGUGGAAGCCAAAUUUGAGGAGGCUCACCGCCGCAACAGUGUUCUAGGCAGAGAACUCGCAAGUGCACAGAAGCAGAUCGGGGAGCUCAAGCCACUCCAGCUUCAACUACGGGAGGCCGAGCUGGAAGUGCAGCUGCUCCGUGUUAAGGUUGAAGACCAGGCACGCGACCUCGCACUAUCGGCCGAGGAGCGUGAAGAGGAGCGGGAGCUGAUCGAGAGCCUGCGUCAUACAAUUGAGAUCUACCAGACCCUCGACGACCCAUGCGCCACGAAGCUUGACGAGAUGCGGACGGCGAGUGCUCGAGAUGACGAUAUACCCGUUUCCCCACGGAGCUCACCUCGUCGAGGAGAACGCGGUCGGAGACGCGUAGAUAAUGUUGGUACUGCUGUAGCACCAUCGUCGCAGUUGCUGCCAGCUGAAUUUUCUUACCCCACGGUAGAUGAUCGCUUCAGCCUCCGAGACGAAAACGAUCGACUGCUCGCUGAGCUGGAUCAUCUGGGCCAACAAGUGCUGAAUCUGAAGCUGCUGGAAGGGAUUUCCAGGACAGUUCGGUCGCCAAAGAAGCAACCGCAGGGCGGUGCGACGAGCUUUGCCAACUUUACCAUGCCACCAUCACCAAACCAAACCGAUUCAGCAGCAGGAGCGGUGGGUCCAGUGGGCUAUGGAACAAGCUCGCGGAUGCGCUUCCUGGAGCAGCAAGCGUCCGUCCUCCAGGAUUUACUUCGCCGGUUUCGCGUGCAGUGGAAGUACGAAUGUGCCACACGACGCGCCGCCGAAAGUGACAAGGCCGAUCUACUGCAACGAAUGGAAAAAAUGCAAGAGCUGCUGAGGCGACAGUGCCCUUCAUGCGAAAAGGAGCGUGAGGAGCUGCUGUCUGAAGGCGAGUUUGCACGCAGGAAAGCUGCCAAAAUGUGUGCUAACAUUUAG